AUGCAGACUGCUUCUACCAACAUUUGUGGAAGACUGUGCAAUAAGUCCAUCCGUGAAAUUUCCUUGCUACUAAAUAUUCCACAGUGAACUGUUAGUGGUAUUAUAACAAAGUGGAAGCAACUGGGAACAACAGCAACUCAACCAUAAAGUGGUAGGCCAUGUAAAACGACAGAGUGGGGUCAGCGCAUGCUGAAGCGCACAGAGCCCAGAAGUCGCCAACUGUCUUUAGAGUCAAUAGCUGAAGACCUCCAAACUUCAUGUGGCCUUCAGGUUAGCACAACAGUGCAUAGAGAGCUUCAUGGAAUGUGUUUCCAUGGACCAGUAGUUGCAUCCAAGGCUUACAUCACCAAGUGCAAUGCAAAGCAUCAGAUGCAGUGGUGGAAAGCACAUCGAGCAGUG